AGUUAGGGCUCAGAUCGUUAGAAGUCUAGAAUUUUCAGAACGUUUCUCCUUUCCCAAACCCUCUCUCUCUCUGUGGCAGUGGUGCUGAGCGAUGAUGCUCUCCGGCGACAUUCCGCCUAAUCAAACUAUCUACGUAAAGAAUCUCAACGAGAAGGUCAAGAAAGAAGAGCUGAAGAGAUCUCUUUAUGCUUUGUUCUCACAGUACGGACGGGUUUUGGACAUCGUUGCGUUGAAAACUGCUAAGCUUCGAGGACAAGCGUGGGUUGUGUUUAGUGACGUUACAGCUGCCAGCAAUGCAGUGCGGCAGAUGCAGAACUUUCCGUUCUAUGAUAAACCUAUGAGGAUACAAUAUGCAAAAACAAAGUCAGAGUGUGUAGCUAAAGCAGAUGGUACAUAUGUACCAAGAGACAAGAAAAAGAAGCAAGAGGAAAAAGCUGACAGAAAGAGGCGUGGCGAAGAACCACAGCGUUCUGCUACUGCUAAUGGUACCAGAAGUGACAUCAAUGGAGGCCCAACUGCUUCCUUUGGAAAGCCGGGUGCACAAGAAUCUGCUGCAGCUCCGAACAAUAUUCUAUUUAUACAGAAUUUACCCCACGAGUCAACGAGUACGAUGCUGCAGUUGCUUUUCAACCAGUAUCCUGGUUUCAGGGAAGUCCGAAUGAUCGAAGCAAAGCCAGGUAUUGCCUUUGUUGAGUUUGAGGAUGAUGUGCAGUCCUCAGUUGCCAUGCAGGCCCUUCAGGGCUUCAAAAUCAGCCCUCAACAUCCCAUGGCUGUCACUUAUGCCAAAAAGUAACCAUUCAAUCUUUGGCUAGCUUAUUUCAAGGAAUUUUAGCAUCUGUAAUCUUAUAAUAUAUUAAAUGUGAUAAUGUUGGCCCUAGAACUAACUAAUUGCAGAAGCUUUUCUUUUUCUAUUUUCUGUAGCUGGGAAAACUAUCCUUCUGUAACUGGAAAAACUAUCCUCCUUUUUCAUGAUUGCAUAUUAAGAUAUGAGCA